CAUUCAAAUAAGGUACGAGCACGCCAUUGUUGCACCUUUGCACGACAACCGAAGGUCGCUUCCAGAGACCUCAUGUCGUCUUACACCGGGGAUGAAAAGACCUUCUCGGGCUCUUCAUCCAGCCGUACGCGGCAGCAGACACAGGAUUCACAGCCGCAGGAUGUUCUACAACGCCCUGUUUCUCCUUUAGAGCAUGGGCUGAUGGAGGAGGAGGGGCAGGGGCACCGCGAAUACGGAGGUGUCGAGGAUGAAGACAGUGACAUUGAGGACGAUUCGGAGGGAGAUGAAGAGUUCGACUUUGAGCCGUAUGCCACGAGCACACUAUUCCCUCCGUUCUACAACAGGCCACCAACGCCGCUUCCACCUUCGCCAUCACUGACAUCUCUCCUCCGGCCAACAUUCAGCACUACAACCAUAUCCCACCCAACGACGCCAGACUCUUCCGAUGUAGACACGAAUCUGGAUGUGGAUGUUGACGCCGAUGCCGAAGCGGACGCACACGUCUCUGGAUCUUCUUCGGUGAACCUGGCGAGCAUCACCAAGUCUGCGCGCCAUGCCGCGCCCGUCCCUCGGGCGUCGCCGAAGAUACCCACGUAUGAGUACUAUGGAUUUGCCAUGUAUCUUGCCAGCUGUGCGUCAUUUUUACUUUAUCUUGUGUGGGCCUAUGUCCCCGCGCCCGUGUUGCACCAGAUGGGUAUCCACUACUAUCCGAAUCGGUGGUGGGCGCUAGCGGUGCCGUGCUGGCUAUCAGUGCUCGUCGUCUACAUCUACUUCGCACUGGCGAGCUACAACACGACGCGCCUGACGCUCCCCCUGGGCAGCUACGAGAAUCUGGUGGACGAGACGGGCCAUAUUGCCACCAUUGACCAGCAAACGCAGCAAAUUGCUAGCAAAGGAGCGGCCUCGGGAGCAGUACAUCGAUUUGAUCCGGGCGAGCAGGUCGAUUGGCAAACCUAUUGGUCCAUCAGUACAGAUGGUGUUCUAGAUGUCCCAAUUGGCGGUGUCUGCGAAAUUUUGUAUGGCAACGAAGACUGA